AUGAAUUCUGCAGGCGUAAGCGCCUUUCAUUCUACCCCAAACCAAGAUCCGGAGCGCGAGCGGAUCCGCGAUUUGUCGAGAUAUUACUGUACAGUGACUCAAGCAUUCCCGGCACCCGAUGCGACGAGUUCUGAGGAUCAAGAGACGCCCGCUGCACCGACGGGAGAUGAACAGCCCACAGGUUGCGAACUAGCAAAGGACAUCACCCUCAACGCACUCGCCCAGCUCGGCGUCCUCCGCUUCAAUGCCAAUCGCUGCUUCGUGUCCAUAAUUGACGGCGAAACCCAACAUAUCAUUGCCGAAACGACGGGCUCAGUGUCGCUACGAGAUAAAAACCGCCACAAACCAGGAGAUGGUAUCUAUCUCGGAGCACGGUCGCUGGACCUGAUCUGGGGUGUAUGCCCCCACACCGUCAAAUUGUUCACAGGCCGCGCGACGGAAGAUAUCGAUACCAGCAAUGUAACCGCCAAUCGCACGCGCUAUAUCAUUCGAGAUUUCACCCUGGAGGAUUGCUUCAAGGACCGACCUUAUGUUCGAGAGUGGCCGCACAUGCGCUUCUACGCAGAGGUGCCUCUAUUCAGCGCAUCUGGAUACGUUCUGGGCUCUUAUUGCAUCGUCGACGACAAACCAUGGACGGAAUUCGGAGACGAACAGAUCAAUGACCUCCAAGAAGUGGCGGAUGCCAUCGGAUUGCAUUUGGAGAACGUGCGGAUGAGCCUGGCCCACAUUCGGACUGAGAAAUUAGUCAAGGGCUUGACGAAUUUUGUUAAAAACCACGCAGACUUUGAUCCAGAAGAGGCCUCUAAUCAUGGCCGUCUCCAGUCUAGCGUCAAUGCAGCGAAUCUCGUACCACACAAAAUUGCCGCCACCACUCCCGACGCCGACGCUGACGCCGACGGCGAAUCCGACAUCACCCCGGUGCUUGAUGUCUCAUUGUGUCCUGCUGUUCAAUGUGCUUCUCCCAAAUCCGGACAAUCGUCUUCCUCGACCGUCGCGGGGGACGAAUCUAUGUUCUUCUUGCAGGACCGACGCACCGUGACGGAGCCUUCGUCUUUGUACUCUGGUUUCUCAGAUCGACCAAUGGUACUAAGCCCCGGCGAAGAAAAGUCUAUGGGCGAAGCAUUGAAGUCAGGAGAGACCGGUGCACCCCAGGGUAUUGAUCAAGGCUUCUCGCAGUUAUCAUUGACCGAGAGCAAGCCCAUAUAUGAACGCAUUUCGUCUAUCUAUUCGCGGGCAACUGCUUUGCUCCGGGACUCCAUGGAUCUGGACGGGGUUGCAUUUCUCGAUGCCUGUCCAACUAAUUUUGCCUUUGUACCCGAACAACCAGAAGCUUGGGAGCCGACAGUUGCAGAUCCCGGUUUCCCGGCUGCACCGCUGCCCAGUCCGCUCGGACAACCUAGGGCUGUGCCGCAGGAAUUCGACCUUCCAUGCGAUACUUUGAGUUGUGCGCUAAAGAUGCCAUCUAAAGGCAGUGCUGGUCCGAAUAAUCAACCCAGUGUACCGCAGGGAUUGCUUCAUCAAAUGGUCAAGGCUUUCCCCCAAGGUCAGAUUCUGAGUCUAGAUGAGACCAUUGAAGAAGGCGAUUGUCUCUUCAAUGAUAACACCACCACCUUUGAUUCUCGGCCUGAUAACAACACCCACACCUGUGCAAAACAUUUGGCACGUUGUCUUCCCGGUGCUAAAUCCGCCCUGUUUCUUCCUUUGUGGGAUUGGAAUAGGUCUCGUUGGCUUUGUGGGGUGUUGGUAUGGACGACAAGCAGUUUCCGGGCUCUCGGGCUAGAGGAGUUACACUAUUUCAAGGUUUUUGGUGAUUCUUUGAUUUCUGAAGUUUCCCGAAUUCAUUGGGCAACUACCGAGAGAUCAAAAUUCGAUUUCAUAUCCUCUGUCAGCCACGAGCUUCGUUCACCACUGCACGGAAUACUGGCUAGUGCUGAAUUAUUACAUGCCACCUCUCUCAGCCGAUCACAAGAAGAGAUGGUGGCGAUGAUUGAAAAGUCUGGAUUGACCUUGCUGGAUACAACGAAUCACAUGUUGGAAUUCUGCAAGGUCAACAACUUGAGACAUACAAACACCCUAAAUGAAAUGACACCAGAAAAUGACACGGCCAAUCUUGUUUCCGAUUUCAACAUUAGCCAUUUGGUGGAAGAGGUUGCAGACAUAUUGUACACCGGCCAGUGCGCACCUGAGCAAGUGAGCCAGCUCGCUAAACGGAUGUCAUCCAACAAGGAAGCAACUGAUUCUAUCACCAAUGAUUCCAGCGCACAAGACCAAAUGUCCGUUGUCAUACGAGUCGAUCAAACAGACACCUGGAUGAUUCGAUCUUUUGCAGGUGCCUGGAGAAGAAUUGUGAUGAACCUUCUCGGCAAUGCGAUGAAGUGGACCACAGCUGGCUUCAUUGAAAUAGCGUUAUCAAAGGCAAGGGGCCGAUCGGGUUCCCAGUCACCCCUUGUUCGCCUCUCCAUCACUGAUACCGGCUGUGGUAUCGCUCCCGAUUUCAUCAAACACAAGCUGUUUGCCCCAUUCGCUCAAGAAGACCCGCUCUCUGAGGGCGUCGGGCUGGGCCUGAGUACGGUACAGCAAUUGGUAAUGUCGCUCGGGGGGCAUGUAAAUGUGAGGAGUGAGGUGGGCGUUGGGACUCAGGCCGAUGUCUAUAUCCCCGUCCAAUAUCUACCGCCAAGUCUUGGUCCGGAGGACAGCCCGGCUCCGACAACCACUCAGCCAGGAACCACCCCAAUGCAUGCAUGUCUGGUAGGCUUCAAUGGCUACCCUGACAUCAAAGAGGCACCCACUGGGAUUCUCACCGUCGAAGGCAAACGAAACCUUUCCAUUCAGAGUGCACUGGCAAACAUCUUCAUGACGAAGAUGAAGUGGAAUAUCUCCCUGGCUAACUCCAUCGAGGAGGCUCAUGGCCAAGUCAUUGUCAUUGAGCAAGAGCUCCUCAGACGAGCUAUGAAUGAAAAUGAUCAACGUGUUUCCGAACUUGCGGCUCAGAAUGGCGUUGACUUCUUCAUCGUGCUGAGCGGCAAUGUCCCCAUCAUACUGGACAGCCUCUCUGUCAACGUCAUCCGCGUUGCCCAACCAUUUGGGCCACAGAAGAUUUACAACGCCGUUGAAAGGAUCAUGAAGUGGCGCGAAAUCCAAAUACCACCCGCUCCCCGUGCGCCCGAUGCUGCUUUCUCGCUCAUGGCUCCGCAGACAAAAACAGGAAACAGUUCAGACUCAGGCCCAGGUAUCUAUGAUAGAGGGAUAUCCGAGUAUUCACAUAAACCAACGAGCUCAUCAGGAGGAUCAAGCGCCUCCACGCCCCGACCAUCCAGCAAGCAAGCACUGGCCCAUGUGCUCAUUGUGGAUGAUAAUGAAAUUAAUGUAAAGAUUAUGGCCACUUUCAUGCGCAAAAUAAACUGCAGCUACGACACGGCCCACAACGGCCUCGUUGCACUGGAGAAAUACAAAUCCUCCAACGUUCACUACGACUUCGUCAUGAUGGAUAUAUCAAUGCCGGUGAUGGACGGCCUCGUCUCAACGAGCAAAAUUCGUGAAUUCGAACGCGAACAUGGUCUCAAACCCUCUUGCAUCAUGGCUGUCACUGGAGUUUCCUCCACUGGCUUCCAGCACCAAGCUACUACGGCUGGUAUCGAUAACUACCUCAUCAAACCCCUCUCCCUUCGCGCGCUCAGAACUCUUAUGAACAUUGCAUGA